AAAAAAAAAGGGANGAAAAGGGAAGUAACGAAAGCCAGCUAGGGUUUGACUGCGAGAAAUUUCUGAUCUGCGUGAAUUUCUCGAGAGAGAGAGAGAAAGAGAAAGGAAUCGAUCAUCGAUUCCGUGGAUAUCGUUUCCCUCCCUUUUUUAUUUUUAUCUUCUUUCGUAUUUUUAAUCUCUCAAUCUCCUCUCAAAGGGAUCUGAGUUUAUACCGUUGCAUCCCGCAUCUUCCGUUUCAGAUUUACCCCAAAUUCGAUGCAAAUCUAGAAGAUAGAGAGAGAAAGAGCGAAAGGUGUGUGUGUGCGCGCAACAACGACGACUCAGUGUCUCUCCCCUCUCUUGUGUGUAAAAUUCGAAAGUUCUAUUUGAGGAACCUUUUUUAUCUUUGCCGAGGGUGUGGGCGCUUGCUGUCCGAUUUUUAUUUUUAUUUUUGGAGGGAUUUAUUGGGUGAGGUUUUUGAAAACCUUUUUGUCUUCUUCUUCCUCUGGCUGGGUUUAAUUGUUAGAUUCAUCGACGAAAUUGUAUGCAAUCUGGAGCCAGUGGCGGAGGGUCCGCUCGUAAUCCGGGCAUGGGUCCGGCUGGUCGGACUGCCUCCACCUCAUCCGCUGCCUCUCCUUCUUCUUCUUCUUCAUCUGUCCAGCAACAACAACAACAGCAACAACAGCAGCAGCAACAGCAGCUGGCUUCUAGGCAGCAGCAGCAGCAGCUGAGAAACUCAGACGCAAAUGAAAACAUGUUUGCAUAUCAUCCUGGUGGGGUUCAGGGAAUGGUGGGAGGUGCCAACUUUGCUUCUUCUCAGGGCUCUAUGCAAAUGCCUCAGCAGUCUAGGAAGUUCUUUGAGUCUUCUCAACAACAACAACAACAACAGCAACAGGGUUCUUCUCAAGAGGGCCAGCAAAGUUUAAAUCCUAUGCAGCAAGCGUAUUAUCAGUUUGCUAUGGCUCAGCAACAAAAAGCACAUCACCAAGCUAGGAUGGGAAUGAUGGGUUCAUCAAGUGUGAGAAAGGAUCAAGAUGCAAGGAUGGGAAUGUUGAAUAUGCAAGACUCGAAUCCCAUGCAGGCUUCUACUCAGCCCCAGGCGUCGUCUUCUAAGCCAUCCAGCGACCAGUUUUCUCGCGGUGAAAGGCAGAUGGAAUCAGGUUCUCAGCAAAGGAACGAAACAAAAUCUCAUCCCCAGCAGCAGGUGGGUACUGGACAACUAGCGCCUGGAAAUAUGAUAAGGCCAAUGCAGGCACCACCGGCUCAACAGGUUGUCAAUAACAUGUCAAACAACCAGCUCGCGUUUACACAACAGUGGCAGGCAAUGCAGGCAUGGGCGCGUGAGCGUAAUAUCGAUCUCUCACAUCCUGCCAACGCCAGCCAAAUGAAUCACAUCCUUCAGGCAAGAAUGGCUGCCUACCAGAAAGCUAAUGAAGGCAAUGUGGCUUCACAGUCACCAUCUAUUUCAAUCUCUAGCCAGCCGGCUACAUCUUCUGUUGUUCCAGGUGAGAACUCACCGCGUACCAACUCUGCUAGUGAUGUCUCUGGGCAGUCAGGAUCAGCGAAGGCCAGACAUGCCAUAUCUACUGGCUCAUUUGCCUCGACUUCCAGUCCCAGAAUGGUCAAUCCUGCUAUGAAUCCCUUCUCCGGCCAAGGGAGAGAUAAUCCGAUGUAUCCUCGACAUUUAGUUCAGCCUACAAAUGGGAUGCCCUCAGGAAAUUCCCUGCAGACGUCUGCAAAUGAGACUCCUGUUUUGGAUCAGAAUGCGUCUUCAAAAAAAAGUUUAGGUCCUGCUGAACAAUUACAAAUGCAGCAGCCUAGGCAACUGAAUGCACCGACUCCAAAUUUACUAGCUCCAUCUGAUUCUGGUCCACUCAGUAACUCGUCCCUUCAGACUGGACAGGGGACCCAACAAGUACCGCAGCGAUCAGGAUUUACCAAACAACAACUCCAUGUUCUCAAAGCCCAGAUACUGGCAUUUAGACGUUUGAAGAAAGGGGAAGGUUCUUUGCCUCCGGAGCUUCUUAAAGCUAUUGCUCCACCACCGCUUGAACUGCAGAUACAGAGGCAAAUAUCUCCUGUGAGAGGACAAGUUCAGGAUAGAUCUUCAGACAAAACUGGAGAAGACCAAGCAAGGUCGUUAGAGUGUGGAAAAGAGUCUCAGGCUGCUGCUUCUUCAAAUGGACCGAUUAUUUCUAAAGAAGAAGUUAAUGUUGCAGAUACAGAAGUAGCUUUGACGACAGGCCACAGCCAAUUAUUUCAAAAUCUGGGGAAAGAAGCUACUUCUACUGAUGUGGUUACUAAAGAGGAGCAACAAACUGAUGUAUUCCCUGUUAAGUCAGACCAAGGAGCAGAUGCUAGUAAUAAUCCUAGAAGUGAUCCUACAACUGAUAAGGGAAAGGCUGUUGCAUGUGAUGGAAGCCAAUCUAACGCUCCUCCACAAGAAAAUUCUCCGCAGCAGCCUAAGGAAACAGCCUCUGCCAGGAAAUAUCAUGGGCCAUUGUUUGAUUUUCCCUUUUUCACUCGAAAACAUGACUCUUAUGGGUCUACACCAGCCAAUGCCAAUAACAAUCUCACAUUAGCAUAUGAUAUUAAAGAUCUGAUUUGUGAAGAAGGUGCAGAGUUCUUCAAUAAAAAAAGAACAGACAGUUUGAAGAAGAUAAAUGGUCUACUAGCAAAAAAUCUAGAAAGGAAAAGGAUUAGGCCUGAUCUUGUUUUGCGGCUUCAAAUUGAAGAAAAAAAGCUUAGGCUAUCGGAUCUUCAGUCACGUGUUAGAGAUGAAGUGGAUCGACAACAACAGGAGAUAAUGUCCAUGCCGGAUAGGCCAUACCGCAAAUUUGUGAGGUUGUGCGAACGACAACGCCUUGAAAUGAAUAGACAAGUACUGGCCAACCAGAAAGCUGUUCGAGAGAAGCAGCUGAAAACCAUUUUUCAGUGGCGUAAGAAGCUCCUUGAGGCUCACUGGGCUAUACGUGAUGCACGCACUGCUCGUAACAGGGGAGUGGCCAAAUACCAUGAAAAAAUGUUGCGAGAGUUUUCAAAGAGAAAAGAUGAUGGCCGGAACAAAAGGAUGGAAGCCUUGAAGAAUAAUGAUGUAGAAAGGUACAGGGAGAUGUUGCUGGAACAACAAACAAAUAUACCUGGUGAUGCUGCUGAAAGAUAUGCUGUUCUCUCAUCAUUUUUGACCCAAACCGAAGAUUAUCUUCAUAAACUUGGAGGGAAGAUUACUGCCACAAAGAAUCAACAGGAAGUGGAGGAGGCAGCAAAUGCUGCAGCAGUAGCAGCGAGAUUGCAGGGCUUGUCAGAGGAAGAGGUCAGGUCAGCAGCUCUUUGUGCUCGAGAAGAAGUUGUAAUCAGAAAUAGAUUUACGGAAAUGAAUGCACCAAAAGAAAAUUCAUCUGUCAACAAGUAUUAUACUCUGGCUCAUGCUGUAAAUGAAGUGGUUGUGAGACAACCUUCAAUGCUUCAAGCUGGAACUUUGCGUGAUUACCAGCUGGUUGGAUUACAAUGGAUGCUAUCGUUGUAUAAUAACAAAUUAAAUGGGAUCUUGGCUGAUGAGAUGGGUCUUGGAAAAACUGUGCAGGUAAUGGCACUGAUUGCUUACCUUAUGGAGUUUAAGGGGAAUUAUGGACCGCAUCUCAUCAUCGUUCCGAAUGCUGUUCUGGUGAACUGGAAGAGUGAACUCCAUACUUGGCUGCCAUCUGUUUCAUGCAUAUAUUAUGUUGGCACAAAGGAUCAACGUUCAAAAUUG